CUUUUUCCAGGGAGUUGUGGCCAAGACACUAUAGCAAACAAGCAGUUAAAAGGAAACAUCAAGGUAGCGCUCUUUAUGUCUAUGAAAGGUGCUAUAGAAAUAAAGCUUUUCUUACUUUUAUGUCGUUAUUUUUCAAUGUCCUAACAUUUCUUGAUUUCGGCCCCCUGUGAAUAUUUUCUGGGGUCGCCCCUGACGUGUUACGUCCUGUAGCCACCACAUGGGGGCGCUGCUGCGCCGUUCAACGGGAUGUUUAAUUAGCACCAAACCAAAAGUCAACAUAUCUGUUGGUCUUCGUUCGUCCUUUAAACUGCUCGGUGUUGGCGGGCUGUCUGUGUGCAUUAACUGAACUGAUAGUGUUUAUUUAACCAGCCCCCCCUCCUCUUCCUCUUCGUCCUCUGCCUCCCCCUCCUCCUCCUGUCUCCUCCCUCUCCGCUCAUAUCUCCGCUCCGGCCCUUCCGUCCUCUCCAGUCUGCUGCUGCCGCUCUCUGCGCCUCCUGUCCGGCCGCAGCGCGCAGCUUAUCUCCGGUCGGACCGCUGGCCCUCGCCCCGCCGCCGGCCCUCGCCCCGCUAGGUGCGGACAUGCUCCCGGGGCUCCGGAGAUGAGGCUCCGCAAUGUCUCAGUCCUGACCGUCUUGUUGUUCGGGCUGAGCGGGCUGGUCUCGCUGUCCUGGUACACCGCCUUCAGCACCUCCAGAGGAGAUGUGGUGGACAUCUACCAGAGGGAGUUCCUGGCCCUGAGGGAGCGCCUGCACUCAGCUGAACAGGAGAACCUCCGGCGCUCCAAGGAGCUGAACCUGGUUCUGGAGGAGAUCAAGCGGGCCAUCGCCGAGAAGCAGGCGCUGCGAGACAUCAACCGCACCUGGAGCAGUCUGUCAGAGGAAACGCGGCUGAAGCUGUGGAAUGUGAGCAGCAGUAAAAACGUCCUGCAGCUUCCCUCCAUCUUCCAUCAUCUUCCUCACCUGCUGAGCCGCGAGGACAGCCUGCAGCCCGCCAUUCACCUGGGCCAGGGACGCACCGGAGUCUCCAUAGUGAUGGGCGUCCCAAGUGUGAAGAGGGAGGUCCACUCCUACCUGACGGACACGCUCAGCUCUCUGAUGUCGGAGCUCAGCCCGGCGGAGAAGGACGACUGCAUCAUCGUCGUCCUCAUCGCAGAGGCUGACCAGCAGUACGCCAGCGGUGUAGCCGACAGCCUGAAGCGCCUUUUCCCGGCUGAGAUCCAGUCUGGCCUCCUGGAGGUCGUCUCUCCGUCGCUCCACUUCUACCCAGACUUCUCCAAACUCAGAGAGUCCUUUGGCGACCCAAAGGAGCGGGUCCGGUGGAGGACGAAGCAGAACCUGGACUACUGCUUCCUGAUGAUGUACGCUCAGACCAAAGGAACGUACUAUGUUCAGUUGGAGGACGACAUCGUGGCGCGUCCGAACUACUUCACCACCAUGAAGAACUUUGCGCUGCAGCAGCCGUCAGAGGAGUGGAUGAUCCUGGAGUUCUCCCAGCUCGGAUUCAUCGGUAAAAUGUUCAAGUCUCUGGAUUUGUCGCUGAUCGUGGAGUUCAUGCUGAUGUUCUAUAAGGACAAGCCCAUCGACUGGCUGCUCGACCACAUCAUGUGGGUCAAAGUGUGCAAUCCGGAGAAGGACGCAAAACACUGCGACCGGCAGAAAGCCAACCUCAGGAUCCGAUUCAAGCCGUCGCUCUUCCAGCACGUCGGCACUCACUCGUCUCUGGCUGGGAAGAUACAGAAGCUGAAGGACAAGGACUUUGGGAAGCAGACGCUACAUAAGGGUCACGCCAACCCGCAGGCGGAGGUGACCACCAGCCUGAAGACCUACCAGCACUUCACCCUGGAGAAGGCCUACGCCGGAGAGGACUUCUUCUGGGCCUUCACGCCCGUGGCCGGCGACUUCAUCAGGAUCCGCUUCUUUACGCCCGUCCGCAUCGAGAGGUUCUUCUUCCGGAGCGGAAACAUUGAGCAUCCAGGAGACAAACUGUUCAACACGUCAGUGGAAGUUCUGCCGUUCGAUAAUAUUCAGGCUGAGAAGGAGGCGCUGACGGACGGGAGGGAGAAGAAGCCGAAGUACCAUCGAACCGAGGACGGAUUCAUCCGGAUUGGUGAGCCCUCAGUCCCGGUUCUGCUUCAGUUCUGAGUACCAUACCAUACCAACUUUAUUUAUAAAGC